AUGCCGCCUCCAGCACCGCCGUUGCCAACACGGUUCCCAUGUUGGUGUAGAGCCGUGUAUUCAUGGGGAGGAGAGUCAAAGCGAGAUCUUGGAUUUAUCGAGGGAGAUCUAAUAGAAUGUCUAAAUGCCGGUGAUGGUUCUUGGUGGGUGGGCAGGUUAUAUCGAGACCGAAGAACCGUCGGAUCGUUCCCUUCCAACUUUGUUGAGCUUCUCCCUUCUCAAUUUCGCCCGACGACCAAAUCUGUUCCUGCUCCUACACCAAACGCGCCCCCGCCUACUGCACCAUCAAAAUCGAAAACAUUCCGAAAGCCAUUUGAGGCAUACUCCAAGGCUCCUCAUUAUACCAGCGCGAAGCAGCCGGAGACCUUCAAGGAAACCCCGAAGCCUAAGGACCGACAAAACUCCAGUGCUUCAUUCACACCCAGCACCCAUGAAGCUGAACGAGGCCCAUCACCUGCACCUCCGCAGACUCACGACCAUCGAGCGCCUUCGCCAGCGCCUCCUCGCGCAUAUGAUUACCGUGCACCUUCACCUGCUCCUCCAAGGCAAUAUGAUCACCGUGCGCCCUCGCCUGCACCACCUCGCUCAUACGACCGUCGAGCUCCUUCACCUGCGCCACCUCGUCCAUAUGAUCAUCGAGCUCCAUCCCCGGCUCCUUCUCAUAACUAUGGCUCACGAGCUCCAUCUCCAGCUCCUCCUAUGCACAACUACCAUUCAAGGGCUCCGUCACCAUCACCAAUGCACAACUACCACUCAAGAGCUCCCUCACCAGCUCCCAUUCAAAGCUACCACCCAAGAGGUGCAUCACCCGCACCUCCGCACAGCUAUGGUGCAAGAGGACCUUCUCCUGCCCCGCCGAUGCACCAGAACUAUGACUACUCUGGGAGAGGUCCAUCGCCCGCUCCAUCGUUCCAUCGCCAACUGGUCCCUUAUCGAGGAGGACAAGAGAGAGGAAACUCCCCGCCUCCCCCACCGCCGCCUCCUCAUAGGCAUAUGACACGAGGUGGAUCAAGUGAUCUACAUAGGAAGUCUGUUGAUAUUUCACGACAUGGAUCUAAUUCCUCAUUUAAUCGCUUGCCGCCUUCAAGACAAAAUUCUAGUAAUUCAUACCGUACCCCACAACCACCACAGCCACCACAGCCAACCAUCAGACAUGGGUCUAGAAACUCUUUCGAUGAUAGGUGUUAUAUGCCAUAUACCCCCGGCAGGGCCUCACCUAUCCCGCUAUCUCCUGCAGGAGGCAUGACACCCUCUCCAUUGAGAGAAGCUAUGGACGGUGUCAUGGAGCAACUUGACGUCCUAGGCAGGGCAGGGCAACCUCCCUCACCAGAAACUCCUGCCGAUCCUUGGUCACCAGAAUCCUUUGACAUGCUGUCUCAUCACUCGAACAGGAAGCCUCAAGACCGAAGCCGACCCAAAACCUCAAUGGGAAUCACGCCACAAGACGAGGGCUAUGAAACAUGGAGCGGCGAAUCUUCCCAAGAAGUGUCAUACCAGAAUGGUGGUCGAGAAGACAAGCUGAGCAGUUAUGUUGAUCGCAUGGAAAAGCGCAUUCAGCAAAUGCAUCGUCAGAACUCAAAAGCAAGUGAUCAAGAUGAUGAUCAACCGCCUCCUCCGCCACCUAAGAAUGCGCCAUACGAGCGGCCUAAGUCAUCCAUGGGACGUGCUGCUGAGCCUGAAAGAAAGCUGAGAGCUCGCAAGUCCGCCUACGAGAUCGGAAGAGGGGUUGCUCGCACGUUGACAACCAAAACUAACGCGACCAGUUCCUCGUCGGGUAACCAGAGUAACACCAGUUCGUCAACUCAAAGUACUUCAAGAACUUUGUGGAGCGGAACAUCGGCUGGCGCCAUCAGCACUACGAGUGCGGGAAGCCUGGCUCGCAUUGGAAUGCGCGAACGAGCUCAGAGCGCUAUAGGAGCUCGUGAGCUGGAAAUCGACAGACCAGACUCCCCUUUCACAGGAGUAACAUACCACAGCAGUCAUGCCAGUGACUCCCCAGCUCAACAGCGCCCCCAAACUCAAGUCGGCUUCCACGAAGAGCCUUCCCUGGAACUAGGCGGUUUGGUUCAACCGAAACCACCAAAGCGAAACAUCUUCCGCAAGAUAUUCGAUACUGCCAAAACGGGCGUGGCGAGCAGUCGAGGCGGACUGGUCGCUGGUGGUAUUGACUCUCCCAGGUCACCUUUCGCUCGCUCAAUGCCAGCGGGUGCGUCAGCUAUACCAGUUCUGGGCCGCGCACCCACCAACAGAGAAGCAGCGACAGACAUGGGACUUGGCGGUGGUGUUGAUUGGGUUCAAGUUCGUCGAGAUGUGAAUCGUUCCAACUCGCUCAGUACAAUAGAAUUGACUGAGCGCCGGGAACGAUGUCAGAUGAUGGACCACCCUGCCCUCAAUCCUGUGGACGAGCUCCAUGAGUGUGUUGAAGGAGAUGAAGGGGCUGAUGGCGAGCCAGUUCAGGAACCCACCAGCUACCAGGCGAUCAAUUUGUCUCAAGUGGACAAAAGCUCACGAUUUAUUAGUGGCCUUCCUCCCGCUGUCACUGCCAUCCAACUCGCCACUACGUAUGUGUGUCGGCCGUACCGGAGUGAUGUACAACGGCUGCGAGCUAUCUUCACAUGGGUCUCCGAGAAGGUCUGCUGGGAAGAAGAUUUCGAGGGCGAGAUCGAUACAUCGCGAGUUCUCCAAGCCAAGAGGGCCUCUGCUGAGGAGUAUGCUGUCCUGGUUAUGGAGAUGUGCUCUGCUAUUGGCGUUCACUGUGAGAUCGUGCGAGGCUACCUUAAGACUCCGGGUGAAGUUUCUGAAAUCAACAUCAUGCCUCGGCCAAACCACUGGUGGAACACUGUUGUCAUUGAUAACGAAUGGCGCAUGAUCGACUGCUGUCUUGCCAGCCCUUCAUACCCUCGCCGGGGUCUAUACUCCAAUGCCAACAACACGGCCGAUCCUUGGUGGUUCUUGACUCGGCCAUUGGAGAUUUGCUGGACACAUAUCCCUGAGCACCACACCCAGCAGCAUAUCGUUCCUCCUGUGGCACACGAAACACUCCUUAAUUUGCCAUGCGCUUGCGCACCCUUCUUUCGCAACGGGUUCGAGAUGGUGGAUUAUAACACUGCUUCAACCAGAAUCGAGGACUUGGAGAUGGUUCAUAUCAAAUUCAGUGUCCCUUACGACGUGGAAAUUGCCGCCGAGGUCGAAGUCCGCGGCUACUCGCGGGAUUCGGAUGGCGACGUCUUUGAAAGCGGUGAUAUAGUCAAGAAGAGGGCACUGGCCCAAGCAGAAUGGUUCAACGGAAUCAAGAGAUAUACUGUCAAGGCACUGCUCCCUGGAGAUGAGGGGCAGGGUACUUUGAAAGUCUAUGCAGGCAAGCGAGGCCUAAUGCACAGCGUUAAGGACAUUCCACAUCCGCUGGCCUUUGCACUACCUAUUGUUCACACAGGCGAGAACCCACCAUACGAGUUUGUCAUGAGACAUCCUACUCCUCACGCACAGCGACAUGAUAUCUAUGUGGUUCAGCCGCAGUGUCAACGGUUAGCGCUCAACAACACAUUUGUCUUUGCCAUCAGACAGCACCCGAGCUCUCUGGCAAGCGGAUCAGCCCUCACCCCAUCGUCGAACCCGGGAGGCACAAGUCCUAUACCGUUUGCUCGUCCAGGCUCAGCACUAAGUAUGGGUGCGUCAAGUGUUAGUGGGUCAACUCCAAGCUCAGCUACGGGCACUGUUGCUGGGAAGAAGCCUGCGAAGCUUGCAAUCCAAACCCCUGGAGGCAAGAUCCUCCGACUUAUGAGAAAGGAGGACCGCAAGGGCAUUCAUGUUGGUAGCAGAAGUCUUUCUGGCAGCGAAACCGCUAGCGAUGGCGGAACGUGGGAGACAAUCAUCAAGUGUUCCGAGAAAGGUGUAUGGAGAGGCCUUGUGCUUGCUGAUCGCACAGCCCGGUGGUGCGUAUUUGCUGAAUGGGUGUGUAUGGGCUGA